UGUCUGUGGAACUUAAAUCAUUUCAAGAUUCUUGUGAAUAAAACCAAGGUGCUGCCUACCGUCACAUGACGAGCCUGUUGAUCGCUGACAAUAGCGCCCUCUACUCUACAACCCCGCCUUCACAAUAUAUAGUGCCAGCAUCCAGCAUCCAGCGAUCAAGAUAGAAGACUCUAAGAUCUUUUCCUCUCUUUCCAUCACUCCCAAAAGCUUCACUACUCCCAACAGUACUUAAAAUGGCGACCGAGGCGGUAGAAUCCCUCUCCUCAUCCCUCUCAACCACCACCAUCUCUCCCGGCCGCCGGCCUUACACAGGGUCCUGCCACUGCGGCCGUACCAAAUAUAUCACAUAUCUCACCCUCCCACCGCCCAUCAUCUCCGCCAACCCACCAUCACCCUCCUCAACCAUCCGCAUCCGGAAAUGCAACUGCUCGACCUGCCAAAAAAUGUCGUACUUUCACGUCCGCCUGAUGGAUGAGCCGAACGACUUUCUGCUUUUGAGCCCGCUGAACCCUACAGAUGGGGGCUUGAGCGAUUAUACGUGCUUUAAGGGGGCUAUCCACUGGUACUUCUGCAGCAAGUGUGGGGUUAGAUGCUUUGCUUUCGCCGGCGAGGGAGUGGUCCGUGAGGUUGAGGUUGAGGGCAAGGUGCAGGAGGUGUGGACGGCGGAUCCAGAGAAAUGGGGGAAGGGCAAGGUUGCGUACUUGAGUGUUAAUGCCGCGACUUUGGAUAAUAACCAGGAGGGGCUAGAUCUUACUGAGUGGACUGAGAAGGGAUGGAUUUCUUAUAUAGAUUGGAAAAACAACGCUGAUGAGGCGCGUAUGGGAAAACCGCACGAGGGUGGGAUGUAUUAGGCUCUAUUGUGUGCUACAUGAAUAGACUCUGAAUUAAGCUGUUUCUUAAAGUCCUUCUUUGGGCUUUUGGGCAGAAUAGUAUAAGAUAUUCGCCAAACCACCACUUAUAGCUGAGUUCCGGACCAGGGCCCCUAUCAAUCAUAGUUGCUAUAGACACCAUCUUUAUACACGGUGCUUAACGUCAUCAUUUUAAUAAUAGUUGCUAUAAAUACUAUUAUUGUGCACAGCG